AGCCGCCGGCAGCAGCCACCGGACUCGCCGCCGCCGCUCGCUCCCGCCGCACUGGAUUUAUCGCCCGCCGCGGCCCCGCGUUCCGGUCCCAUGCGGGGUACUGGCAACAGCAGCUAGAAGGGGACCUGGAUGGCCGUGGCUGAAGGCGGCUGGUGCGAGGUGAAGCGGUGCGCUGCGGACGCCGGCGGUUCUUCCUGCCCCUUCGCGACCAGGGAGCCGCACCCAUCUCCUCCUUCGCCCUCCUCCUCCUCCGGCGGGUCCCAGGGUGAGCGCUGCUCCUCCAAGACUCCUCUCCCGGAGCCCGACGGCAGCCAUCGGCCAGCCCCACCGCCGCCUGUCGCCGCUGAGGGCAGGUCACUGCUCGCCCCCUACGUGCACUUCGGGACCCCCCACCCCUCCGGCCUGCCCAGCUGGGAGGACAUCCUGCUCUUCGCGGAUUUAGACCAAACCAACAAGCUGAUCUGGUCCAGCCGCGGCCCCAAGCUGAGCGCCCUCGGCGCCGAGCAGCCCGAGGAGAUGUACCAGACCCUGGCCAUCUCUGCCGCCCAGGGCCCCACGCCUUACGACGGAUCUCCGGGUGGCUUCAUGCACUCCACGCCUAGCUCGCCCGUCUACGUGCCCACCACCCGCGUGGGCUCCAUGCUGCCCACCCUGCCUUACCUGCAGGGCAGCGGGACGGCCCAGCCCAGCCACCCCGGAGGCAGCCAUGCUGUCUGGUCACAGCCAUCCGCGGAGAGCCCCUCGUACAGCACCAGCGGCGGCUCCCAUCCCUCGGGCCGCUUCCCCUACUCCCCCAGCCCGCCGGUGGCCAAUGGGGCCUCCCGGGAGCCCGGCGCCUACAGCAACAGCUUGGGCGCCAGGGACCAGUACAGCCCCCUGGCCCGGCCACUCAACGGUUCCUACCCGGGCCACUACACGUCCUACGUGGGGCCGCAGCUCACCCCCGCCUGGCCCACGGCACCCUUCGAGAACUCCAUGCUGCACUGCCUCCAGGGCCGGGCUGCCCCCAUCCCUGUCCGGGCACCCAGCGCAGAGCUGCUGGAGGACCUAUCUGAGAGCCGCGAGUGCGUCAAUUGCGGCUCCAUCCAGACUCCGCUGUGGAGGAGGGACGGUACCGGCAAUUACCUGUGCAACGCCUGUGGGCUCUACACCAAAAUGAACGGCCUCAGCCGGCCUCUCAUCAAGCCCCAGAAGAGAGUGCCCUCGUCCCGACGACUGGGAUUGUCCUGUGCCAACUGCCAUACCACAACCACUACCCUGUGGCGCAGGAACGCAGAGGGUGAGCCUGUCUGCAAUGCCUGCGGCCUCUACAUGAAGCUCCACGGGGUUCCCCGACCUCUUGCUAUGAAAAAAGAAGGAAUUCAGACCAGGAAGCGAAAACCUAAGAACAUAAAUAAGUCAAAGGCAUGCUCUGGUAACAGUACUACUGCAGUUCCUAUGACUCCAACAUCCACAUCUUCUACUAACUCAGAUGACUGUAGCAAAACAGCUUCUCCCAGCACACAGACCGCAGCCUCUGGGGGAAGCUCGUCGGUGAUGUCUGGCCCAGGAGAGAGCACCAGUCCCGAAAACAGCAACCUUAAGUAUUCAGGUCAAGAUGGGCUGUACACAGGAGUCAGUCUGACCUCCACAGCCGAAGUGACAGCAUCUGUGAGACAGGAUCCCUGGUGUGCCUUGGCUCUGGCAUGACCCAGUGUGAAGGAAGCUGGAUCCCAGCGCUGCACAGCAGCCCCCAGAUGUCCACGCACGGUUUCUCCUGCCGAGCGGUCGCAGUGGCAGCAAGAGUGCUGGCAAAGACAAUGCCUCUGAAAGAGGUUCUGCUGAAGCAUCCAAUUCCUCGUCUAUGCAAGAAAAAUAUAGGGAAAGCAAAUGCCCACGAGGGGAUAGCUAAUCCAGCCUUAUACUCUCAAUGGGAAAAAAAAAGCAAAAGAAAAAAAAAGAAAAAAAAGGAAAAAAGAGAAGAGAUAAACCUAGACCUAUUGAUAGAUUCCAGAGAUACAUCCUCGACAUAACCAGCAGUGCUGCCUUUCUGAUUGUAUAGUUGUUUUCAUUCUCUCAUCACCUUCUCCCCUGAGAAUUUGGUGGAAGUCGUCAGUGUCGGGGAGGGAGUACCAAAGGCUUUAAUUACUAGAGACAAGAUCCUUUUUAACGAGCAUCAGAAGUACGUACUGCUUGAGUUGGCGCAGACGUCUCGCACCGAACAUUUGAUGUUUUCGUCCCGUCAGUUCUCUCCUCCUGCACCCUCUGCCUUCAGCGUACUUUGCUCUGCUUUUCAGAGCCCAGCUAUGCCCCUGGAAGAAAUCACAACGUUUGGUACAAGUCUCACAAGGUCCAUCUUGUUAAGGAGAUUUUGGGUUUGGUUUUUGGUUUUUUUUUUGGUUUAAGAUAUUUACUCACUUUGCAAGACUGCAAUAUAACUUUUAAAGUACACUGUGACUGAGGUUUAUGAAAGUUUGUAUUUCCUGGCUGAACUGUAUAGAGUCAGUCGAAAUUUGUAAACAGGGUAGCAAUCAGAUAUUUUUCUUCCAUAUAUACAAUAAUUUUUUUAAAGAAGUGCAAUUUGCGUUGCAGCAAUCAGUGUUAAAUCAUUUGCAUAAGAUUUAACAACAGUUUUUAUAUGAAUGAAUGAAUGUAAACAUUUUAACUUAAUGGUACGUAAAUAAUUUAAAAGAAAAACUUAACUAGGCAUCCUUAGGCUUUAUAGUGCAACAAAACCCCAUCCACUUUCUGUAUUUCCAAUUGUUAAAGCAAGAGUUUCAAAGAACAAGCCUUCUCUCAGGAAAAUUACCCUAGCUGUUUGCUCAAAAGUAUUGUACAAAAAAGCAAAUGCAUCCCCAGUUGGUUUUUUGUUUUGUUUUUUUUUUGCCUUUGAAUAAGUAUGUGCUGGAAAGAAAGAAAUCGCAAUGAAACUUUACUACCUAACUGAUACAUAUGUAAAUACUCCAUAAGAUAUUUAGGCAUCUUGAAAAGGUAGGAUGCUAGGAUGCAAUCUGUAUAGGGUGACUGAUGCAUAGUUAGGUUGGUUUCCAUUGGUUUCUAAGUGGGAUGUCAUUUGGAAAGGUGUUUCAUCAGAGCUUUACAAAUAAAGGGGUAUCAUUUUGGGAUUUUUUUUUUUCCUGUACACUGUGCCUUCUCCUUUGUUUCCAAUGCAAUUGUUAAGCAACAUUAAAAGCUAUGGAAAUGUACCUGA